AUGGCCGCGAAGACUCUCCAAGCCUCUGAGAAGGACCUGGCCAAGGCCAAGGCUGACUUAACAGUCGCUAUCCGAGAAAGGGAUAGUGCCUCGGCGGGCUUAGUUAGCGCCCAAAAACAGGCCAAGGACCAAACAAAACGUCUACUAGAAGCCGAGGAUCAGUUGCGAAUAGCUAAAGAGCUAGUCAAGGAUUUAAGUAAAAAACUGGCCGCGGUAGAGCAUGACAAAGGUGUGGCGGAGUAUGCCCGUGACGAAGCCAUAAGGGCCAAGCAGGAGGCCGAGUUUGCCAGAAAUGAGGCUGAGGCUGCCAAGGAAACGGCAGAGGAUGAUGGUUAUAAUGCGGGGGUAGUUGAAACCCAAGCCAUCCUUAAAGCCCAGAUUCCUAGAGUAUGCAGGCUUUACUGCUCCCAGAUUUGGGAAGAGGCAUUGAAGCGAGCUGGGGUGAAUGCUUCAUCCGAUUUGUGGAAAGCGGAGAACAUAUUCUACCCUACAGCCAUCCGUGAAGCCACCUCCUCCAGCUCCGUGGCUAUGAGCGACCAACCCGAGGAAGGGGUCACCCAGUCGGAAAACUUACAGAUGCCUAAUGCUGAGGAGCGAGCCAUACUUGCCCAGCCCCCACAGGCAAUUCCCCUUGCUGCAGUCCUCAAGAGUACCAAUACUAACCCUGUUCAGCCUUCCCCAGAAGGGACUAUCCUCCAGGGCGUCGAAACUGAUCCCGUUCCGCCUUCCCAGGACGUGGCCGACGCAAAACUAAAGAAGUAG